AUCACCGAUACGCGAGCUUCCAUCUUUCAGGGCAUAAUGAAAGCUCUGGAUGAUGAGAAGCUAAAAGUGAUUGGGAUUUACGGGCCUGGCGGCGUGGGGAAGACUACGCUGUUGGAGGAAGUCAACAAGAAACUCAGGAAAGAGGGGAGACCGUUCCCCAUUAUCGUCAAAGCGGAAGUCUCGCAGACUCCGGACUUGAAUAAUAUCCGAGACCAGAUCGCUGACGCCUUGAGUCUGAAUCUGAAGGACAAGCAAAGCCCACAGGGAAGAAGAGAUGUUCUGUUUCAGAGAUUGAACCGUGAUCCGGAUGAGAAGGUUCUCAUAAUAUUGGACAAUUUGUGGACGGAACUUGAUUUGAAAGCGGUCGGAAUUCCUUCAGGAGACGAGAGCAGCGGAUGCAAGUUGUUGCUCACAUCGAGAUUUAAAGAUGUGCUGGAGAAAGAGAUGUGUGCCGAUAAAACAUUUCGUCUUGAGGGUUUAAAUAAUGACGAAGCUUUUAGGCUAUUUGAAAAGACGGUUGGGGAAAGGCUCAAAGACAAUGAGGAAUUGAAAGCAAUGGCGACUCAAGUGGUUGAAAUGCUUGCAGGUUUGCCUCUCUUGAUUAUCUCUGUCGCAAAAUCCUUGAAAAAUAGCAACGUGUUCGCAUGGAAAAACGCAUUGAAAAAAAUAGAUAAGGAAAAAAUGGAAACUAUAGUGCGGUUGAGUUACGACCAUUUGCAGAGUGACGACACAAAGUCCUUAUUCUUGCUAUGUGGUCUUAUUGGCGGGACCAUUCAAGUCGAACUUCUGCUGGGACUGGGCAUGGGGUUGGGCUUGUUUGAGGGAUUCAAUAACAUGAUAGAAAAUUCAAGGAAUAUAUUGAAUGAUAUGCUCGAUAGCCUCCGUUCUGUUUGCUUGUUGCUGGAUAGUGGCGAUGACAAGGACAAUGUGACCAUACAUGAUCUUUACAGAGAGGUGGUCGUCUCAAAUGCAUUUUGUGGUCAGCGUUCCUUAAUGAUUAACAACAAUUACGACCCAUGGCCAAAGGAAAAGCUUGAGAAAUGCUGGGCAUGCCUAGUUAAUGUUGGCAGUGAUAGGCUUGCUGAACUAAUGCUGUGUCGGUUUCCCCACGUGAAGAUACUUAUGUUGUCGAAACAAUAUGAUAUGGGAGAUUGCAAUGACAUGGAUUUCACAUACAUGAAGGAGCUCCGAGCCCUAUAUCUUUGCUCCAUGCACAUCGCCAGUUUACCUUCCUCGAUGGAAAUCCUCGGGAACCUCCGGUCAUUAAGCAUAAAUUGCUAUGUGGAGGAUGUGGCAAUUCUUGGCAAGCUCAAAGCAUUGCAGAUUCUCAGCUUCGCAGGAUCUACAAUUUCUAGGCUACCUAAAGAAAUCGGGGAACUAACAAAUCUUAGAUCGUUGAAUCUAAGCCACUGCUACUCGCUUGAGAUUAUCGAGCCUGGAGCCCUAAAAGGCUUAAUCAACUUGGAAGAGUUACAUAUGAAAGGAAGCUUUGAUCAAUGGAUGGGCAAGCAUGAAAUACCAUCGGAAUCGUGUGGUGCUAGGCUUGCCGAGUUGAAGAGCUUGACAAAGCUAGCAUCUCUAGAAAUAUCGAUUCGUCAUCCCAUCAUACUCUUGGAGGAUGGUGACCUGCCAUUUGGGAACCUGGUCAGAUUUUGGAUCAACAUAGGAAAUGCAAAAGUGAGGAAAUUUAAAGGUUUGAAAACCAUGGGGCUCAAUUUGGAAGGGUGCGACAAUAUUCUUUCAAUAGAAUGGGUUCAGAAAGCUCUGCAGAAGACUCAGUACUUGUAUUUAUGCAAGUUGAGUGAGUUCAAAAAGAGCGAUCACGAACUGUGCACCCAAGGAUUCCGAGAACUGAAGUAUCUCGACAUUGACGACAGCCCCUCAAUCAAGUACAUUGCCAAUUCAUCCGACGACCUCCCUCUCGUUGCUUUUACGAAGUUAGAGUCUUUGUGCCUUGAAAAUCUUAUUAAUCUGGAGAAGAUAUACCAUGGCCCUAUCGCACCAGAGUGCUUCAGCAAACUGAAGGAACUCGUGGUCAUAGAAAUGGGCCUGGCAUUUCUCUUUCCGGUGUCCGUGGCUAAAUGUCUUAGAGAAAUUAGAGACAUUCGAGUAAUGCGUUGUCCAAAUAUGAAGGCGGUGAUUGUGGAUGAAGAAGGAAGAGACGAAGGGACAGAUGAUAUUAUAGAGUUCCCGCUCCUAAAGGGACUACAUAUAUAUGACUGUCCCACAGAGAAAUUCUUCUCAAAUCUUCAUGGAAAGAAAGAGUCGGGAACCACCAAUUCAGAUUCACAAGAUGCUUAUUCCGAUUGCUUCUUUGAUCAAAAGGUUAGUUUACCAAGCUUGGAAAAGUUGGAGCUUGAGUCAGUAGGAUCCUUCAAAAGGAUGUGGCACGGUGAACUUCCCAAAAGUUCCUUCGACAAAUUAGCCGACCUCAGCCUUCGAGGGUGCUCCGACCUACUCGAUGUCUUCCCUUCAACAAUCAUAGGGAGAUUGCACAUCCUGGAAAGAGUUUGGAUUGGAAAGUGUCCCUCCCUGGAAUCGUUGUUUGAUUGUGGGUCCCUUGAUUCAAAGACUGUGAGUGGAGCAAGAAGUCUGAGACACGUGGUGAAAAGCGACUCCCAAACGGUUUUGGGUUUUCCUAGUCUAACAUUAGUCGAUGUUGGAAAUUGCUCCAAACUAAGAUAUCUCUUCCCCAAUUUGACGGCCACAACUCUAGAGAAACUUGAUGACCUGAGGAUUUUGGAGUGCGGACAGAUGAAGGAAGUUGUUCCCAAGAAAGAAGGCGAGAAGGCCGAAGAAGAUGAUGAAUCGCCACAACCGUUUUUUAAUGAGAUGGUUACAUUUCCCAAUUUAAGAGGACUAGUAAUUAAAGACGUUCAAUGGAAAGAGCUAUGGAACAAUCAAAUUCCCACCGAUUCCUUUUGCAAAUUGGAACGCCUUUAUUUGGGAAACUGCGACAAUCUCCGAUGUAUUGCCCCAAACUAUAUGUGGAAGAGGUUGAAGUGCUGUCUCGGGAGCCUUAUAGUGACAUCAUGCCGUUCGAUCGAGAUCAUAUACGAAAGUGAUGGAACAGUUACAAAGAGCGAUAAAUUGAGGUGCCUCAAUUUGAGCUCUCUGGAAAACUUGAGGCACAUUUGGCAGUACGAAGGCCUCCCAAACAUCCCAUUUCCAAACUUGAGGUUCAUAAGGGCUUCGCAUUGCCCACGUUUGGAAAUACUUUUCCCAACCCUCACGGCAGAAUUUCUCGGGCAAAUCGAAAUGCUGCAGGUGGAGGAUUGUCAAAAUAUGGAACUAAUUGCUGGCCAUGGAGAAUGUGGAGAAGCAACCGGUAUGACAAUCACCUUCUCCAAGUUAACUAACCUUGGCCUAAAAAAUUUGCAGAAAUUCAGGAGCUACUUACCUGAGGAAUACUCUGCGGAAUUCCCACUCGUGAAAGACGUGUACGUACACAGCUGUGGAACAGAGCCGAACCAAGGCAAAGCUUGGGGCUGGGUCCACUGGUAAACCCAGUACAACGUU